AUGGCUGGUACUUAUGAUACUGAACAACAGAGAAUAAUUGACAGAAUCAAAUGCAUUGCCUUUCGUGAAGCUCGCGAUGCUGGUGCAACAUUCAUAAAUAGAGAAUGGGUGGCGAAGAAAGUCCAUCGCUCGAUUCGGUUUGUUAGUGACUGGUGGGAAAAAUCAUAUGACCAAUGCUUUGUUGAUUAUUCAAAUGCCGGACCUAAACUUAAAUUAUCACAAGCAAGUCAAGACAUCAUUCUUCAGGCGAGUGGCCGACAAAGAAAAAGUUGUUCGGUUGUGGCGAAGGAAAUUGCAGAAAAGCAAAAGGAGUACGUCGUUCCAAGAACAAUCAAUAAUUAUCGUCAUAGAGAAGGAUUAAAACCAUUCCAUGUUAUUCCAAAACCGCUGAAAUCUGAAACUCAUAUAUCGGAUCGAUUAUGGCUGUGCGAUUGGUUAAAAGAUUGGUCCGAAGAGGACUUUCUUCAUCUCGCGCCAUCUGAUGAAUUUUAUGUGUGGAUUGUUCGUAGACCAAAUUACCAGAACGAUCGAAUAUGGGCAAAAAGUAUCGAUGAUAUCGAAGAAGAUGAGCGUUAUCGUGAAAUGGUGAAAAAUCAACCAUGUAUUGGGAUUUUUAUUAUGUUUACUGCUAAGAAGUUACUCUGGGUGAUCAAAGACAAAGGUGAAUCUUGGACCGGCGAAUAUUUUCGUGAUACAAUUUUCACUCAAAAUGUAUUUCCUUUCUUAAAGAACGAAGAAAAUGUUAUUGAUCCAGAUGAAGUUGUAUUUGUCCAUGAUAAAGCACCAUGUAUGCGAGCGUAUAAGACGCAACAUUUGCUGCAAGACAACGAUGUUAGAUUUUGGGGUAAUGAUAUCUGGCCAGGAAAUUCACCCGAUCUCAAUGUGGCAGAACAUAUUGGAACAAUAAUCAAAGAUGAAGUUGAGAAAAAAUGUUAUCAGAAACUGAACAUAAUCGUUAUCUCGAAAACACGCUAA